AUGAAGCUUGCGCUCGUCUUUCUGGUAUUCGUCCUCUUCGAGCACGCCGAAACAAGCGCGGACAUUGUCUUCGUCGCGGAUUUGCAAAAGGACGGCACCUACAUUUCCGACAUCAACAUGAACAAAGUGGGCGCCGACUUUGACGGUCACUGCGGCAAAUUCCACGCCGGCCUCAUCAUCGGGGAUUCCACCAUCACGAAAUCGAUUGAGUGGAACUUUGCCGAUAUCGACAUUGCCCACUCAAAUAGGAUUUGUGAAGAAAAG